UUCGUGUUUCUGUGUCAGUAUUGAUCUGUCAAAUAGGCCCGCAAUGCUGUGUUGCUGUGUUUAGUAGUGCUUUCCUCAGGUAAUUUGCGAAAAAUUGGGAAAAUCCACGGCCCGAAACCGCCCUACCGUGCAUCCUUGGCGUGCAAUUAGUCGAAAUCGGUCGUGUCCGUGUUUUAGCGCGAAAAUUCAAGCCUGACAGAGUGGGCAAGUGACCGAAUUCGCGUGACAUACGGUGCACCCCAGAGAAAAUCAGGGAGUCUCACGGGGACGAAACCCUGUAGCCUUCCAAUCGCUUUUCCGUUGGAGCUGAGAGUGCGGUCGUGAUCCCAACUGGAUUUUCCGCCGACGUUGCUGCGCCACCCCCGAUGGGGCGUUCUGCCACGGUGAUCGCGCUCGAUUUCAGGUGCAUCUGUUUUUCGCAAAGUGCAAGCUCCCCCCGAUUUCCUCGCUCACUGCGGCCCUGCCCGGAAAAUCUGUCCUAAUCAGCAGAAUGUCGCUGUGUAAACAUUGACGAAAACUCAACGAUUUCGUGGAAGUGGUUAAUUAAAAAUAAAUAAAGUGAGCGGUGGAAAGUGUGCCAUAAAACCGUAACAGCCGUGGUCAAGUGCGUUGACUACACUCGUAAUUAAGUGAUAAAAAUUUUUCAGUUGUAAAUUUCUGUUACUUUGAAGAAAGCCGAAGGAGAUUUGUACUUGUAAAAUAUCUAAAUGAAAUUGAAACUAAGAAACAACCUAAAUCCAAACUUGGAAACUAAAACAACUUGUUCUAAAUAACAAAAGAUAAGUAAGGUUCAUCUAACAGUAGUUGUUUGGUGUGAAAUUAGUGCUUCUGAAUGUUGAAUAACAAAUCAAUUUAUAUGGGUUGAAAGCUAAUGCGGAACCUUUUAUCGAAAACAGAAAACAGAAAAUUCAUUGUAAACUUGAACAUAAAAAAUUUCUACACUAAAAAUGUGUUUCGCAAACAUAUUGAAAGAUUGGAAGUAAAGCAAAGAAUUUAAAUUUGCUAAACCAAAUCUUAUCUAAAUCAUAAAAAUCUCGAGUUAACCUCUAAACCUAGAAAACUUGUGUAUUAUAAUUUCUGGUCGUAGUAAAUAAUUGUGAGAAUCAGUGUUUAAAAUUUGUGAAUAAAUAAAUUGCAAGAAAGGCAGAGUCCGCAUAAAAGUCAAAGCACGAAUAACAAAUUUUCGAAGCUAAUUAAAAAAAUAGUUUUAAUUAAAAAAGCAUAAAAGAAAAUUGCCAAGAGUAAAUUCAGUGGACAAAAUGAAGAAGUUCACAUUCAAAGGCGUCCUGGACGGAUUCCGUUCAACGGUCCAGCAGCAAUCCUACAAGCCCGAACAGGAGAUACAGGAGACCCUGAAGCCAGAACAUUUCAUAGUCAAAAAGACAUUUCGACAUGGCUUCCCGCAUUCACCAACUGCCCUUGCUUAUGAUCCAGUACAGAAACUGUUGGUCAUCGGUGACAAAUCCGGUUCACUUAGAUUCCUUGGACGUCCAGGAGUGGAUACGCACGUAAGGCAUGAAGGCGAUUCUGCUUGCGCGGUGACCCACAUCGAAUUUCUGGUCAACGAAGGUGCCCUAGUCACAGCAACAGCAGAUGAUACUCUGCACCUAUGGAAUUUUCGCCAAAAAUAUCCACAAGUAGUACAAAGUUUGAAAUUUCAAAGAGAAAGAAUCACAUGUCUUCACUUACCUGUUGCCAGCAAAUGGUUACACGUUGGGACGGAAAAAGGAAAUAUUCAUGUUGUUCAUAUUGAAUCUUUUGCGCUAAGCGGCUACGUAAUAAAUUGGAAUAAAGCCAUAGAAGUAUCACGAACGACACAUCCUGGGGCUGUGGUUGGGCUUACGGAUAAUCCCUUGGAUGCUAACCGGCUAUUAAUCGCAUUCGAAAGCGGUCAAAUAGUAUUAUGGGACAUGCGAGCGAAAGGUGCUGAAAUCCGGUGGCAAUCGGCGGAGCCAUUGAGGUCAGUAUCAUGGCAUCACGAAGGAAAGCAUUUUGUGUCCUCCCACACAGACGGUUCAUUGUGUACGUGGCCCCUGAGGGCGACUCCCAAACCCCAGUCACAUUCUUUUCCACACGCGAAAACCAACAAGGAAGGGAAGCUGGAAGCGUGCAAACCUAUUCACAAAGUUGACCUUAAAACAUCUCGAACGGGGGAAACCUACACGAUAUUCUCGGGUGGCCUUUCAAUGGAAAAGGGAGGAAAAUCUCCUUGCAUAACGGUACUGCAAGGGAAAUCUACGACAGUUUUAGAAAUGGAACAUCCCGUAGUCGAUUUCAUUACAAUAUGCGAGACACCAUGGCCAAGUGAAAUGCAAGAGCCAUACGCCAUAGCUGUUUUAUUACAAAGCGAUCUAGUUUUAAUAGACCUAUUAACCCCGGGUUUUCCAUGUUUCGAAUCACAUUAUCCCAUGGACUUACAUGAAUCAUCUGUUACUUGUUGCACUUAUUUCGCCGAUUGUCCAUCGGAUUUAGUUCCAGCAUUCUAUUCGGUUGGUCGCAAUCCAUCAAAUCGAAGAACAGGCUUUUCCGACAGAGAGUGGCCCAUCUCUGGUGGGGAGUGGUCUCCUGCAUCAUGUAGUUAUUCUGAAAUUGUGAUUACCGGUCACCAGGACGGCUCCAUAAAAUUUUGGGAUGCAAGUGCUGGUACCCUCCAGAUUUUAUACAAAUUGAAAACUAGUAAAAUAUUCGAAAGACCGCGAACAAAAUCUGUGGAUGGUUCAGAUGAAGAUCCUUUAGCGGUUCAAAUAAUUGCAUUAUGUGCGGAAUCACGGCGGUUAUGCAUAGCUGGUGCUAGCGGACAUGUGAUAGUUUUUAAAUUUAGAAAACUAGAGAGUACUUCGGAAACAGUUGUUCUGGAAGUACCAAUAGCAUAUGAAAAUUUUGAUGAGGGUGAUUGUAGUCCUGAAUGUGAAUUUGUUCCUCGUACGCUGCCAAAACAACAAACCGAGGGUGGAAGUGAUAGUGAACGAAAGUGCGAUGGUAUGCUAAAAGUGCGUCCAGGUCCCCAACGGAAAUUGCCGGGUUUUCAAGCUCAAUUAAUAUGUUUAACGCCAUGGACGACUGGAUCGCAUCCAGGCCAAAUCACAUCUUUAAGCAUAAAUUCUAGUUAUGGAUUAAUGGCCUACGGAAAUGAAUAUGGUAUAGCUGUUAUUGAUAUUGUUCAAAAAAUCUGUCUUCUAAACGUUGCUAGUCCGGAUCUCUAUGGAGCACAAGAUCCUUAUUCUCGUGUGCCAAAGAGUCCAAAACGUGGUGAUUCUGCACAAAUCAAAGACGAACAAACCCGUUCGCCUAGUAUAGAUCAGUUGCCUGACCUCUCAACUAGUCCACAAAAAGUAGUCCCCUCGGUGCCGUCCUCCGUAGCUCAAGAGCAAGUAGCAAGCCAAAUUAUAACAACAGUGACCUCAACAACUCCAACAACCGUAGCACCUCCUUCUCGCCCCAUUUCACCGGCAAGUGAAGCUCUCGAGUCAUCCGUCACUCCGACUGAAGAAGAGAACGCAAUUACCCCCGAAGAAAGUGCCAAAUAUCAGGCAGCUGACCAAUCUCGUAGGAAAUCAUCAUCAUGGAAAGGAUUCAAUUUGAAGCGUCAAUUAUCCAAAGUCAAUAUGAAAUUAUCAAAUACAUUCACUGAAGGCGGGACGUCAUCAACGAAACGUGGUUCGAUUUUUUACUACGCCCCUACCGAGGGUGCUCCUCUGUCCCCAGUGGAAAUAUCUCCUGAUACGAAUUCAGCCUCGUCUCCCACAGAUACUGAACAGGACAAAUCUGAAUACAUGGAGGACUUGGAGAAGCAAAUUGUGACCAGCCUAAAUGAACUUGAUAAUAAGGAGAUCAAUCAGGAAAGCAAUAUUGAGGCAGGGGUUGAACACUUGGAAAGCAACUCAGACACAUCAGAACCGACAAGCUUGUCACAAUCACAUUCCAAUUCGACACAAAAUGUUGCACAAAGUUUACCAAAAGGCAUUCUCCAAGACUCCAUGAAGGAUCGUUCUAAAAAGGAACGAACCAUGUCCCAGCCUCAAGCGGUCCCAAAGCGCGUUGACUUCGACGAACCCACUAUAACGAAGUCUCUUGCAUCGACUAUGGAAGGGGCGCGCACCUCGCGGCCUGCAGACUUGCCCUUAUUUGAUACUGAAGGGGCUACGGAGCAACAACCAGUUCCACCGCCGCGUUUCAAAAAGAAAGAGAAGCGUGAACGCGACCAAAGAUUACUUUCUGUGCCAAAUAUCAAAUACACAAAUCAAAUGCGCGAUUUGCGAGCGAAGUCGGUUAAGUCAGAACAGCAGCAGUCCUCGUCGUUCGCAGGCAACCUGAUGAGACGCUUCACUUUUGUUGGUGAGUGCUUAGCAAGAACUUUCACUAGAACCGAGAAAAGACCAUCUCCCUCACCCAAUGCGAAGAGAAGCACUUCAUGUCUCAAUUUUAAAGAUAAAUUGGAUAGUUCUUUUUCACGAUCGCGAUCGUCGUCAAUGUCUAGUUUAGAAAAUAUUACAUCGGAAGCUGUGACUUGUUUAGCAUUUACGGACAGUUAUACAAAGAAAAGUGAGUCUUCUACGCUGAUACCGACAUUGUGGGUGGGAACCAGCUUGGGCUCAGUCUUGACUGUUUCUAUUAGUUUACCAGAUACAGAUUCAAGGAAAACUCAGCCAGUAAUCGUCUCAAUUUUGGGGGGACCAAUAUUUCGACUGAAAGGCUCCAUUUUAACGAUGUCAUUUUUGGACUGCAAUGGUGCCCUCAUCCCUUAUUCCUACGAACCGUGGAAAGAUGAGAAUCGUGACGGAAAACGAGACCGAACACCCACUAAAAAUUCAAACCGCAUGAGCCCAACGUUGAGCGGAGCCACAGCAACAUCAAGUAGCAGUAGCGGGGAUGGAUACAGUGAUCGACAAUUUAUCGUAAUAGUAAGUGAAAAGCAAGCGAGGGUUGUAGCCCUUCCGAGCCAAAAUUGUGUCUACCGAUUACAAAUAACUGAAGCAGAUUUCGUUGUGAAAGCUGAAAUUGUUAGCAUGAAAGAUAGUGUUUGUAUGAUGGCAUAUGUUUCAAACGGUCAUCUGAUAGCAUACAGUCUUCCCAGCCUAAGGCCUCUACUCGAUGUUGACUUUUUACCGCUGAUCGAUCUAAGCUUUCAGACAAAAUGUAAGCAAGGAAUUGUAGAUCCAAUGCUUUCCAUUUGGGGCCAGCAACUUUUAGUGCACGAGGAUACUAACCAGAUUUCCAAGACAUUUUGUCUGAGCAACAAAGGUCAUGGACUCUACCUGGCGACGCCCACCGAGCUACAAAAGUUUACCAUUUGUUCUGAAUUCAGUCAAUAUAUGGGCGAAAUGAUGGGAGAAUUAUUUAUACCGCACGAUAUGCCCGAACAACCAAAGGAAGGAUUCUUCAAAGGAUUGUUCGGCGGCGGAGCUAAAAGUUUGGACAGAGAAGAAUUAUUCGGCGAACAAAGUGGCAAAGCAAAUCGCUCAGUUGCAAAGCAUAUUCCUGGUCCAAGUCUUGAGCAGUUGGGCCAACGAGCCAGCACAGCUGCUUCGGAAAUUAGUCGUGCUCACCAACUAGCAAUGGAGCGUGGAGAGAAAUUGAACCUUCUUGAAGAACGCGCGGAAAGGAUGGCGAGUGCAGCACAAGAAUUCGGUGGAACUGCGCAUUCCUUGAUGUUGAAAUAUAAAGAUAAAAAAUGGUACCAGCUCUAAACACUUUUAACACUAUUAACAAAAUAUCAACAUAAAUAUUCAAAGAAAGAAACAUUUUUUCAAGAAAAAUCCACAACUGAAUUUGCUCGCUGUACGAAAUUUGCAAUAACUACUAUAAUAUUUAAAAUAAUAUAUUAUAACGCAAUUAAUAAAAACACUUAUUACCUCUCUUAGUUUUAUAAUGUUAUUGCUUUCGAGAAUUCCUGUUGAACGUAUGUAGAAGCGCACAAUGAGAAAAAUCAAAAACAUACAUAACAAAAGCUUUCGUUUUUCGUUUGUGCAAAUUCCAAUAACAAUCGUUUUCAAGUUUUUAAAAAACGCACAAUUUUCUGUUUCAUUUUAGACCAAAUAAACAAGUUGAGUUCAUUAUUCAGAUUUUGAUUUCUUCUUCUCCAAUACAUAUAUCAGCAAAAUCGGCAACAAUUUAUACAAAUAUUAUAGGAAACAUGCAAAUGAGCAGAAUGGAUGGCAAACCUGUAGCAAAAAAAAAAUAUUUUCAUUUCAAUGAAAAGAACCCAAGGUGAAAAUUCAAUAAUAAAUGUAAUAAUGAUAAAACAAUAAUUUUUGAUAUAAUUAUUGUCACUUGGAAAAUAGCGCAAAAUUUAUUUAGUAUUAACUAAUAAAGUUGUAAUAAUAAAUAUCUAAAUAAGGAGGUAAUCUCGAAAGUAACUUCAAUUAAUACCACACACCAAAUUGUAGGCACUUUUCAGAGUCGUAAAUCAUAUUGUUGUAAAAUGUAAAUAUUAUGCCAGAAGAAAAACCUUAGGUAUAUGUACAGAUGAAUAUUUGUUACUAACCGAAUAAUUAAAAUAUACAAAUCUUUCGAACCACAAGCAUACCUUCAAAACCAUAACAAUUCGUUAAAAUUAUUAAUAGAAAGGGAAGUAUGCAACUAUGUUCUAAUUUUGAAUAUGUAAAAGAUUGACGUAGAUCAAAAAAUAUAUGUAUACAUGUAAAGAAGUUAUCAAUGCCUUAUUUUAUACUUCUAGUUAUGUGUUUUUCUCUUCAUUCUUGGGUAAUAAUGUUCCAUUUGCAUACACCGUAAAGUUUUGUUUCGCAGAAAUAAUACCUGAAGUUGACCCACAUAAAACCAUAAGAGUGAGUAAGUCCAGAGGUUUUUUAAGGUGUAGGACAAUCUGUAAACAUAUUGCCUAAAAUUGCGCAUGAUUUUGUUACUGUAAUCAAUCGUUGUCUUCCAAUUAUCACUUUUUUGAGUGCAAGUCUAAUUACGAUUGACACUGAAUUUUCACGACUUUGUUUUCGGACUAAUUAUAUACCUUAUGCUAGUCCAAGGAAUGCAAAUUUAAUUAAUAUUGCAGGAAAAUAUUCAGAGCCAUUGGUUUUUCUUAUAUACUCCCAAAUCAGUUUAUUAUUAUCGCGAAAGCGAGAACCAGCUAGCAAGUCAUCAUUUAACAGUCCUUAUAUAUUAAAUAAGAAGAUGAAAACAUCGUGAUAGCCCCCUUCAAGCUAAUAUUCCUUUUACAAGGCCAACAGGUUAUACUAAAACUUCUCAUACGCUUGAGCAUUUUAUGGGAUACUGAAAACUGCUACGCCCUCCUAACCUUCAAACAAACAGAAUUGUGUUAGGGAAUGGAUAUAUUUUGCCAUCCUAAGUCCAGAAACCUGAAUCUUUCAGAUUUCCAGGACUCCUGAUAACUUGAAUGGGAAAGUCAACACUCAAGUAUUAUUUCGCGUCACUAUGAAUUUCGCUUGUUUUCUCUCCUUAUAAUAUUCCUGCUCACAAUAUUGAUACUAUGUAAAUAGUCAAAGGUAUAUUUUUAUAAUAGACGCAUAUAGAUAUAUGGAAAAAUUAAAGAAAACAAAUAAAUGUUGAAUACAAAGAAAACUCGUUAAAAUAUAUCUGUGGUUUCAAAGUAUAUUUUUAAAGAAAAUGGAAAGUGAAGUGAGAAGUAAAUACCGCUAUACAUAUAUUUAAAGAAUCUUUGUAGACAUUAAAUAGAUCAGCAUGAACUUUUUGAUUAUUACCGCAAUUGGAAAUUGGAAAUAUUGGAAGAAAACUAAUCGACCAGAUUGAGGGGCCGAAAACAGCCGUAGUUUUACAUGAAUUUCCUUCAUUCUCUGCAUUACUAUUUGCAUCGUACAUUUUUUGCAUAGAAUUCAUAUUUUCAACAAUUGUUUCGGAAAAGCAAACACAGUGUUUGUAUCGUUCCUGCAAAAUGGACCCUAUGCCUAUAUUCAACAGUACAUAUCUACGAAAACCUUCGCUUAUUUUUCGUUUAUUUCAAAAACUCCGGUACUUAUGAUUGAUUGUAGCGACUACAGUUAAAGCCCCAGCAUUAAAAGUAACGACAUUAUAGAUACAAACACAAAAGUUAAUACACGUUAUUUACCCAAACUAUCAUCAUGACCAGAAUUAUACACACAAAUAAUGAAAAACCUAUUUUUGAUGAUAAACCCAUCGCCAGAGAAAACAAUAAAUAAUAAAUAAAUGAAAGAAAGCCUCCAAUCAUUGUCCUAAAAUGUAAAUAGUGUAUUCAUUCGAAGAUAAAUUCUGAUGGUGGUUGAGAAAAGUGCAGCAACAAUCCGUUCAGCUUUCAUUUAUUUUGGUUGACUACCAUAACUCAACAGUUGCCCUAAUGUGCUUAAUUAAAUUUUUGCGAACAUUUAGACGCAUUAAUUUGAUCUAUGGCGCUCGAUUGACUUCGUGUGACAAUUUCUAAUUGCGUGAUAGCAUAUGUCGUCAUGUGCGUUAAAACUUCCAGUCGACAGUGGAAUUUCUAUAAGCAAGGACUGAACGUACCACACAACUCAUUAAAUUCUGCAAGAUAUUUCAUAUUUUAUGAAAAUAUGCAAUUUCUGCUUAUUGCAAUCUGUUUCUUCGUCAUAAGUAAAAGUUAUCAGAAUCCUGAAAUUUAUGAAUUGGUGUCACAAUCACGUUCCUCUUUCUGCUGCCCUUUAAUAGCGCAGAGGACAUUGGUACGACAUGAAAAUCAACAAAUUAUCAAAAUUAGAAUCUUUAGUAUUGAUCCGUCGAAUGUCAUCUACAUAAGUACUGAUGUUAGUAACAGCAAAUAUCAAUUAUUCCAAAUAAGAAAAGUAGUACAAAAUCUGAGUCCAAAGGGCUUUGUGUUAGUAUGUAUUUGCAAAAACUCUGUUCUUUUGUCACCAUUCGGAGCCGUUGGGCAACAUUUCAAGGCUUAUGAAAAAAUAGAAUUACAAUGUUGAACGUGUAUCUAAAUCUGCUCCAUAAACAACAGGAAAGUAAGAUUUUUUAUGAAGCGGAAAUCUUUAAAAGACGAACCCAAAGGUUCGUGUGGCUUCAGGGUGUAAGAUUAUUACACACUAGAACCACCUCUGGCCAAACUACUACUGAGAUUUGCCCAGCAGCAACUUCCUUUCCAUUCAGCUUCACCUCGGUUGUUUUUGCCAUGAAACUGGCUGUUCCUGAAAAAGCUUCAGUCCUUACGCAGUUUGUUGCUUAUGUCAUAAAAAGUUAUUCGACUUUACAUUUCUCAGUCGUCGCCCUGAUUUAGACAUGUUAUAUUUGUCAAUUUUUGGAAACGAGUAAUCUGUCGACUACGUUCAUAUGGAUAUGCCUGUAAGUUAGUAGCUUAUUGCCGAUGGUGAGCUAGGAAUUCCUAAUAGUCAGUCUCUGUCUGUAUCUGACAUUUAACUGUUCUUUCCUUUUCAGGAUGUAUCUUCCCCAUCAUGAUGAUGAUGAAGUUAAUGUAAAUCGACUGGGUUUCAUUUUGUCUGAUUUUCCAUUUCCAUUACAUUUCCAUUUCCAUUCUACAAUAUGGCCAAUAGCUCUUUUUAGCUUCGCUGUUUCUUCCUCAGUACUUUUGCAACUAAUAAGGAAGCCGUAUUAUUCCCCGUAUGUCGCUAUUCUGGUUUCAUUACUGCGUAUCAUGGUAUACAAAAGAAACAAUGGUGGACCCACUGCCUUGUAAUACACCAACUGAUUUUUUUUCAAUUCAGAGUAUAUUUUUUCGUAUAUCACUCUAAAUAGCCACUCAAUAACUGAGCGAUAUCGAGAAAAGUGGCCCGUUUUGCAUUUCCAAGCAAAUUAAUGAUCCUCUGGGAUGAUUUUCACGUAAACCAAAUUGAUGAAAUUUAAUUCUCAAUAAUUUAUGUCUCUCAAGAAGGAACCUUUCAAAUAACUUGGUGGUAAUUGGAGCAGCCAGUACUAUUCGAUUUUACUUGCCUUCUUCGAUGAUUUAGAAGCCAACCCACUGUCGAGGAACGUGUUUUAAUCUAAACACUGUAUUGAUUAUUUGUAGCUUUUUAGGAAGCACAUUUGUUUUAACUUCUGGCCAUUCACUUUUAAACGCCGUAUUAAGUAAAGAUCAACUUUUUCGACUGUAGAGGCUUGUGUGUUCAAAGGGUACUUUCUCAGGAUCCAUGUCGAUUUACAUUAACUUCAACGCGAACAUCGUUCAUUUCGACGUGACACCUUUCGACGUCGUAUGAUUCGAUACCAAAUAAAAAAUGUUCAAUCGUUUUUUUUUUCAAAUUUUAUCUGUCUUUUUAUCCACAACCAAACGGUCGUGAUAUUGCUCUUAAAUUUCAUCGUUAUAUAGGCUACGGCUUCGGGAAGUAAAAAUUCUCCGGAGAAUACUCCUCUCAAUACAGCUAUUUUCCAAUUGCCGCAAUUUUUCUUUCUCUGAGAAAUACAUGAAGACUGACAAAAUCAUUGCCUUGCACACUGGGAGCUUUGAUCCUAUGAUAAGACGUCUAGAGUGGAACAGUUUUUUAAACCAAAAUAGGCACUGUCGAAUAUCAGCAGCCCCCCCCCCCCCGGUUUUGGUCCUACCUUUGCCUUCUUUGAAGUACAACCCAAGAUCUUGCGCCGCCUACUCGAUCUGGGUGGAGAUAGUUUAUACAUAUCGGGUUCUAUCUGCUCAACAUGACCUGCUCCCUGAAACUUUCAAAUCUUCAUAUGAAAAUUCCGCUUCAGGUUCGUCGAGUAAUACGUACAACCCGCUGUUGUAUCUCAUUCGCCGUCUCACUAAGGACUCAACAUUCGAAAGCCAAGGUCUGGUUCAUCAUCCACGUCGGUGUAUAUUUUUUUUAGAAUUGACAGUACGAGGUAGAAUGUUUUCUUGGCAAACAGGCACACAAAGCUGUCGACUUGUGAGAAGUUGCAGCCGUUUCGUAUCACGUUUUGUCUUUUCUGUUUAUUUAUUUUUAGGCCAACUUCCUUCACUGCUUUGUCAAACUGCAUCAGUGCCUCUUUCGCGCUCUUUUUUGAUCGUACUAGGAUAUCUAUAUUAUUCAAACAAGCCACUAUCUGGCACGAUUUACACAGGAGCACUCCAGAGCGAUGUUAAAUUAUUUUAAGGCCAACCCAUUGCCUUGCCCUAAUCUGUAGCCUGAGCCGAAACAUGUUACUUGAUUUCCUAAUUUUAUUUGAACACUAGACAGACUCAUUGUCAUUCUGGUGAAUUUAUUCAGUUUCGCUGGAACUUCAACGUCAGACAAUUAUUUUCACAGUACUGAGCGAUCGAUACUGUCAUAUGAAGUUUAAAGUUAAAGAAUAUUUGAUGGACUUUCACAUUAUAUUCACAGCAUUACUCCGGUAUCUACUUCACUAAGAAUAUCUGAUCACUCAUUGGCUUUCCACGUUGAAAUACUUCUUCGUACCUGCCAACAAUAUCUUCUAAGAUGAAUUCUAGUCUUGGAUUGUUUUUGAAAGCGCUUUCUAACAUGCACACAUCCAAAAAAGAUAUCUCUCUACAGUUCUCACAACAGAGUUUCGUCGCGAUUAGUUAUUAUUUCUUAUGCUUGUAAGAUUUUCGUAAAAGUCAAACAUGCAACGUCUCCUUUACAAACAAUUUUUAUUUUGCAUAUAAGUACAUAUAUUGGGAGCUCUCUCUUCAUCAGUGCUUAGCUAAGGACUAAUGAAGGGAGAAACUACCUCCGGAAAUAGGUACCUAUAUGCAAAAUAAAAAUUGAUUGUAAAGAAGGAGGAGCUAGUUACUUUACUUUUAGGAUUUAUCACGUUUUUAUAAACAGAGCACAUGACGCUUUUGCGCUAAUCUUCCAGCAUAGUUUCGUCACACCAAGUAGGAUUUAUAGGCUCAAAACUCGGUCAGCAUACCUACAUUUUUUGCCUUUAGUAUCUCCUCGGAAAUUUGUGUUUUCUGGCCGUUUUUAGUGCAUCCUUGGUUUCUUCGAAGGUGGAUGGUGGAACAGAUGCAUGUACUAUCUCUGCUCCUUCGAUAUGGGGAAAUUGGGUUGUGGCAUUAAAAUAUUGAGCGUAUUGGACCUGCUGCCAUUAUUGUCUAUCCGACAUCGAUAUCUUGCUCAGACGAAAUAGUGGUCACUGUUGCAAUUUGCUCCACGGUACGCCAAGGUUGCUAGAUGCAGUUUGUUUCUCAAUGAAGACAGUUCCAUGUUUUUUGUGGAUUCUGCCUUGGUGAGAUUGCCGGGGGGAGCACGUACGUUGAUUAGCCUAAUAUUAAAAAAAUUGAUUUUCACCCGAAGCUCACCAAUUCUUUCGUUGGUUAGUUUGAAGUCUGUGAUGUUGUGGGGAUAAUUUUUGUAGACGACAAAUAUUAUGCCACAUUCUGGCGUUUCAGUUUUUUCCGUUUUUCGCCUGCAUUCGAAAGUCAAAUGCCUCGCUAACUAAUAAUUUCGUUUUUCAAAUCGCCAAGACGUCUACCUUGUACUUUUGGACAUUUAAUGCGUUCUCUAAAAGAGCGCCCAUUCCAGGUUCCAAACUCGUAGCUCCUUUAUCGUUUCCGUAAUCGUCAUCGUAUAUCCGAUCUGAUCCAAGGAUCAUCCCGGGUUCCAAGCCAAUAUUAUACUGCGAACAGGUUGUCAGUCUGGUGCACAGCAUCCAACCUAGAGAGCCAGUUGGCUCAUCUCAGUUUUACCCUCAGCAUGUUUGUUGGGGCAGUGACAAAUACAAUCCUAGAGGAGAGAAGCUGUUUGAUUUAUCACUCGAGCUGGUCUAAUGACCGCGAUCGUAAGGUGCGCCCCAAUGUUCAUGAGGAUGAGAAGAAGUGGAAUAAUUGCCCUAACAAUAUACGCUACAAAGUAAUUACCGUUUAUUAGAGACUGUGUGUGUGUCACUGUCGAAUCACCCUUGCUUAGAAUUUAGUCUAUUUCAGACGAACAGACUGUAAUACAAAGACGGAAUCCUACGAUUGCGCAAAGUUCUAAGCGACUAAGGACUCCUUUGAUGAUAAAAAAUCAAUUGGAAACUCUGAAUCGCACACUUUUGUACUGCUUUGAAAGGCUUGUCCUGUUACCAUAGGCAAAAGCGGUAAAACGGUUCUAUGGUGGAACCAGGAACUACAAAGGCUCAGGAAGCCAACCACACAACUUCAGAAUCGUGCUUGAAGAACAAAGACUGGCUAAACUGGUUCAAUAUUAUACUGCGAACAGAUUGUCAGUCUUGGUGUGCAGCACCGAACCUGGAGGUUCAGUUGGCUUAUCUCUGUUUAACGGCGCAGCGCAUCCACUAAACAGAUAUUGAGAAGCAGUGCCAAAUCUGCGAUCCCCCUUAGUAGUAGUGUACACUUCAACUCGCGCUCACUACUUUUACUUUUCCCCAUAAUUCUUCUCUCUAUCUUGCACCUAAUGGACCCCUAGCCACCCCUGCAGGCAAUUCAUCUUGUAAUCAACCAAUCUGUCGCACAAAUUAAUCGAACAUGUAACCGUUUUCAGCUGAACUUUCCUCAACCACAGCAGAAUUAAUCUUUUCACUUGUAAAAUAUUCUAAUACAUAAAAUCGUGUUCUUUCGAUUGUCAAUUAGCUUGGAAUAUAAACACAAACCACAUUUUUGGAAAAAGAGAUAUUGCAUAGAAAGCUCACUGGAGAAUCCAUUGCAUUUGUGAUUGUCGCUUAUAUUGUGUACCAAAAAAAUGUCUGAAAGCAUUCAAAUAACCCCCAUUAUUUGCUUGGUCUUUUACUUUUGCGCCUUAAUCAUAACAUAUUUAUAAAACCAUUAGACGUUUAAAAAAAAAUCAUGGAACUCGAAAGUAUUCACAUGCAAAAAAUUGAAACAAUGGAAGACAAUAAAUUCUACAUUAACCCAGAAUACCGUGUUUAUGUAAAGCGCCUGUUGUUAUAAUUGUUAUUUAUUAUCAAUCUUUGUAAAUGUCGGCUGGCCGACUAGACGAUUAACCGUUUAUUCGUAAGGCUUUUUUUCGUUCCGAGAUGUCAUUUUAGUUCAAGGAUGCACCAAUUUUAACCAAAGCUAAUGUCUUCCGACUGUACACUCUGUUCGAAACAAACCUGAGAUUGAAACCUCCGCUUAAAGUAAGGUGUAAUUCAGAAUAAGGAAACAUUAUUCUUUGAAAAACUAAUUUCCUGUAAAGCUUUUUCCUAAUGAAUAGAAUUAAAUGCACAACGUGAAUAGGAAAAUCCUAAGAUUUUCAUAUGUCCAUGAAGGCUGUCGAACUAUUUACUUUGAAUUAACUCUUACAUUUUUUUAACUUGAAAUCUAUAGGUUUUCCAGAUCGCGGUUUUUUUAAUAACCACCUCAGUUUUAUACUCUUAUCAAUUCCCUUGAAAAUUUUUUAACUUGUUGCUGCUUACAUUCAACAUUAUAGCUCUCCAGAAUUUCUUCAUUAUUUCGUUAUCCUCCGCCUAUCUACAACCCACCAUUCCGAAAUUGACUUUCACAAGCAUCCAUCUAUGGACGAUAGCUUUCUGAGCAUUCUGAUUUACUCCUUAUUGCAUUCCAGUGUCGGAGCUGAAAAACUAACGCCUCACGGCGGAUCCACACAUAUUUUAUGAGAUAGCAUGGAAAUAAGAUAUGUGAUCGAAUAUUUAUCAUUUCCAGAAGUAAAUCUAGAAUCACAACGUGGAAAGUAAUAUCAUAAACAUGCAAUGAGAUAUCUAAUUUCUAAUCAAAAUAACUAACAUAAAUAACGAGCAUGUAAAUGUGAUCUGUUUUGAGUAAAUGCACAAUUCUACUAGAAAGAAUAAUAACAACAGAUAAAAAUUAUUGCUACUAUCAACAAAUUGAGAUAUAGAAAAGAAUUAGGUGUAAUGAAUAACUAAGGCUAUAGACGGUAGCACUAAAAAUAUAAUAAGAUAAAUUGUUUUUAUAAGAAAUGAAACAAAAUAGAUUGAAUAAUGAGGAAAACAUGAAAUAUAACUGGAGCAUUGGAAAAUAUCCAGUUAGAAAUAAUAAAUUUACAAUUGAGAAAAUAAGCUAUAAUGGAAUCCAUGAAGAUAACUGUUAUUAGAAUAAUUUGUUUUCCAUUCGUUAUUUAUUAUAAAUAUUUACUACAGAGAUCAAUAUACAAACUGUAUGAAAUGAAAAAUAUUAACUCUCAUUAUAUGAGGAACUUAGAUAAUAAAAGAAUCAAGGAAGGGCGGGCACGUUUUGGUAAGAGACAUUGAAUAUUCAUAGAGAUUCCACGAGCAGAUUAACGCCAGAAAAAAUUGAAGCUAGAUAUAAAACAAUGGAGUUAUAUAACUAUUCGAAAAUGAUGAAAACCAUUAGCAUACAUUUAAGCAGAUCUAAGAAUGGAGUUUCCAAAUUAUCGAGCAAAAAUGUGUGUAGAGGCAAACUUUUACUUAUACAACAAAUAAAUAAGGAACUACUUCAUUACCAGCGUGUGUAUAAAAUGGAUGCAACUAUCAACAAGCUAUUUAGCUAUUUAGUUAAUUUGUAGUGAGAACAAACAAUGAAACAGCAAAGUAAAUCUAUUCGUAAAAUAUUUAUAACAGAAAUGAAAAUAUUUCCUGAAUAAAAAGUGAACUAUGUAAAUGAGAACAUACAACUCCUACCAAGAUUACAAUAAGCAAAAUAAAAGAUAUAAAACAGAAAAUAAACGAGUAUAAAUACCAUAAAUUUUAACUGUGUCAUAAGGCAUUGGAUCGAAUAUUCAUUAUUGUAUCUACAAAAUGAAUAAAAUAUUUACCCAACAGUAAA